GAGCUGCUUGCCAUCGUGUGUCAUCCUUGUCCACCCUUUGAAGUUUCAAUCAUGAGUCGUCAUGGUGGUCUGCCUCUGCGCUUGCUGUGUGUCCUCCUGGUUCACUUACUGGUGGCACACCCUGCUCUUGCUUCAGUCCUGAAAGAGAAGCUCAAGUUCGACAAUGCAAAAAUAAAGUCUGCCAGAGAGAGCUAUGCUGUCUUCAGAAGCCAGUCCCCAGCUGCAUGUCAGACUCCUCAAGUGCUGGAGGCAGUCUCUAGUGACAUCAACAUGUGGUCAGUCACUGGGACAUACCAGAACAACCAAAACUGUGAGUGGCAGAUCCUGGCACCUGCAGACAGAAUUGUGCUCAUCACUUUUCUCAACUUUGAUCUUGAAGACUCUUCGCCUUGCAUUUACGAUUAUGUUGAGCUACAGGACUUUUCUGUUAUGAGUCAACUCUUAGCAUCCUACAAGUACUGUGGAAGUGUGUUGCCCCCAGCCUUCGCGUCGUCUGGCAAUCAAGUGUUAGUCAAGUUCCACAGUGACGGGUCUGUUGUUCGCCGAGGUUUCUCUCUCCACUACACCAGUCAUCCUCAAGGAAAUGGUACAUCAAACAUCACAUCAGUGACUGUAUAUCCUCCAACCUCCAGUACGUCAGACGUUGUAACCACUCAAGAGGAGACAAAUCAUUCAUUUGGCACCAGUCCAGAUCUGUGCAGCAGACAACAAUUGUUGGAGGACACCUCUGGUGAUAUCAGCAUAUGGCCAGGUGAACUGCAUAGCACCAGUCUAAACUGCACAUGGGUGAUCCUGGUGCCAGAAGACAGCAUCGUGACCAUCUUUUGGUCUGAGGUUGACCUGGUCAGUUCGUUGUCUUGUGAUUAUAAUUAUGUUCAACUCAACGACUUUUCUACCUCGGGUCAUCUCUUGGCAUCAAACAAUAUUUUAUUAAUUCAAUCUAGAUACGUUAUUAAUCUCCUUUACUCUGAACUUUCAUCAGCCACAUCUGCUGCCAUGAGUACACAUUUGCCGACACCCCAGCUAAAUUCCGUCACCACCGCUACCACUGCAACUGUGAUGUAUUUUACUGAACCUCCUGUCACCAUUUCUUCUUGCAGUGGAACACAUGUGUUGGAGGGAGCCCCGGGCAGCAUCACCAUGUGGGCUGUCAAUGGGUCAUACCUGAACAACCAGCAUUGUGUGUGGUACAUCCUGGCACCCCAAGACAAUAUUGUCCUCAUAACAUUUCACACCUUUGAGCUGGAGAACGAAAAUUGCUCCUAUGAUUACGUUCAAUUACACGACUUUUCUUCCUCUGGUGAACUCUUAGGAUCCUACAUGUUCUGUGGAUGGACGUUGCCACAGGCCUUCACAUCGUCUGGCAGCCAAGUGGUAAUCACAUUCCACAGUGAUGAGACAGUCACCAUGCGAGGCUUCUCUCUCUUCUACAGCUUUGCUCCAAGUAACUCAAGUACAAAUGUUACCUCGACAACUCCGAACUGGUUUUUGCCAUCCACAUUGCUGUCAUGCAAUGUGAUACAAGAGGUGUGGGCCUCAAGGGGUAGCAUCAGUGUGGGCUCUGCCAGUGAACAUUACCAGAGUCACCAGGACUGUGAAUGGCGACUUAUUACCACUCCUGGCAUGGUCAUUCGCAUUGCUUGGCACAACUUUGACCUCGAAAAUUCUAUGCUUUGUGAUUACGACUACCUUGAGGUCCUAGAUUACUCCGAAGUCAGCACAAAGUUUAUAGGGAAGUACUGCGGUGGUAGCCUGCCGCCUCCCCUUAUCACUGCAUCUAAUGUGGCAGUUAUCAGGUUCCAUAGUGAUGGUUCACGCUCAGGUCAUGGCUUCACCAUUCUUUAUGACAGCAUUCCCAGUGGAUAUUAAAAUAUACACCAUCAAGGGUUAAACUGGGAGUCGUCCUGGCUAUAUUGGUCGUUCAUCGGGGAAAAGGAGGCAAGAGCCUGGAUACAACUAUCCUCCAUCAAGGUCCUCUCAAUACCAGGCCAAUGUUCUCUAAAGAGAGGCACAUGCACAAUCACG